GAAACAAAGACAAAGUUAGGUCUGCUGCUGUUUUUUUAGGCCAUUGGCGGCGGCAUCGCAGUUGUGUAAUUCUUCUGCCUCUUAAAUAUCAACAAGUAGAAGCAAAAUAAGAAAAGCUUCCCUUUACUUCCCCUUCCAUUAAUUUCCAUCAUCAAAAGUCCUUCCUCAUUUUGUCUAUCCAAGAAUUUCUUUUCUUUUAAAAAAUCCAAUAUGUCUCUCUCAAUUUCUAGGAGAGUAUGGUCGCAAGGCUAAAGUAGACAUCAGGAUUGAAGCUUGCGGCUUAGUAAUAAUUCAACUCAGUACAACAAAAUUUAUCAAGUUUUUGAUAAAUUGAAAGCUCUAUCUUGAUUUUAUGGAGUCGUGUCAAAAGUAGUGGUAUGGAUUGUCAGUCACAAUUGAAUAUAGAAAAAUGGCUGGGUUCUUUUCACUAGGAGGAAGAGAAGAAACAAGCGACCAAGAGCAUCACCAUCAAGAAACCACUAAUUGGUUCUUGUACAAAAAUCAUGAUCAAGAACUACCCGCAUACAAAGGCUUCGAACUAUGGCAACAACAACAACAACCAUCCGAUCACGGCCAACAAAAUUACCAAAUCCCAAACCCGAUUAUUAAUCCAUUUGGAUUAGAUAUUGGGCCUAGUGAUCAUCAUCAUGGGCCUAAUUCAAGAUCUGCUGCUAAUUUUAUGAUGAUGAGAAGUAGUCGUAGUAGUAGUACGAUUAGUUGCCAAGAUUGUGGGAACCAAGCAAAGAAAGAUUGUCAACAUAUGAGAUGUAGGACUUGUUGUAAGAGCAGAGGUUUUCAGUGUACAACACAUGUGAAAAGUACUUGGAUUCCAGCUGCUAAAAGGAAAGAAAGACAACAACAGCUUGCUUCUUUGCAACAAGAACAAGAUAAUAACCCCAAAAGGCAAAAAGAUGAUCCAAUUAGUGGUUCUUCUCUUGUUUGCACUCGUUUACCUUCUAAUAAUAAUACUGGGUUAGAAGUGGGAAACUUUCCAUCAAAAGUAAAUUCAACGGCUGUGUUUCAACGUGUUCGCAUGAGCUCAAUUGAUGAAACUGAGGAUCAAAUAGCAUAUCAAGCAGCUGUUAAUAUUGGCGGACAUAUAUUCAAGGGACUCUUAUAUGAUCAAGGCGAUCAGUACAACUAUAUAAAUAAUGCUGGUGACAGCUCAUCUGGUGGAGAUCCAGUGCCACAUCAGCAUAACCUUAUUGGAGUUGCAGGCACCGCCACAUCAGCAGCCAAUAACGAGGCUGUAAGUGGCGGUGAUGUUGCGAUGGCUGAGGAGUCACAUUUUCUAGAACCUUCUCUAUAUUCUGCUCCUCUAAUUAACACUUUCAUGGCUGGUACGCAAUUCUUUCCACCUCCAAGAUCUUGAGAUAUUGACAAUUUUUUGUUCUUGUAAUGAGAUCCAAUUAUGUUAGCAACUUAGCAUUAGUACUUAUUUUGAGUAAUGACAUUGACAUAUAUUAAGGUCUCGAGAAAUUAUUUCUAAUUUAGAUAA